UGUAACGAACCGAAUUAAUUAUUUAAUCGCAGUGGCUUAAUAUUCCGUGAUUCAAAUGUCGAUGUUCGAUUGUUAACUAUCGAUUAUCGACCUUGCGGCGUAUGAAUCGAUACGAUACUUUUCGCAAUUCAUAGAGCAGACGACAAAACCGCGAGCUAAGCAAAAAACGACGCCAACCGGCAGAUUGUCGCGAGCUACGACGAAAGACUGUUGCGAGCAACAUAUAGAAACGCACAAAAAGCGUAACCAUUGUGUAACUUAAUUGUACUCAAAUUCUCUAUCAGUUUAUGUUCAAUAAAUAGUUAUCUUGUUUGUUAAAUAAUAAUCGCAAUUAGUGUUUUGCUUACUAAGUGCCCUUUGUCUUCCACUACGGAAUAUUUUCGAGCCAUCGCAGAGAGCCAGCGUUACUGAUCCAUCAUGGAUUCACCCAACGACAACGCCAAUAGCUCAACCAGUCUGUCUGAGAUUCCGGUAACCCAGAUUUCUGCGAUCUCUGAAUCUCUUUCAACCAGCUGAUUGAAGCAAAUCAAACAAUCAAUAUACUUCGCGAGAAACUCGAUGCAACUAAAGCAACACCCCCUAUCAAUGGCAUCGCGGACAUGGCAGCACAUUACAAGAUGCUGUCAGAACUACUCCAAGAAAAGCAGAAUCUCGCGGAACAAUUGGCGAAAUGCAAAGAGGAAGCCGACGAUUCCAAAUCCGAAGUCGCAAAACUGAAGAAGAAAGUCGAUUCUCACGCAGCCGACUAUUACUCACUACUGGACGACUAUAAUUACAUGGAGAAAUUAUAUUAUCGAACUCGCGAUCUCUUCAAACAUAAGAUCACCGAAGUCUUAAAAAUGCAGUCGGAGUUACGCGAAAUAAGAAUCCGACCAAGAGCACCAAAAGGAUGCCUAAAUUGCGGCGAACAAGGCCAUAGUUUCAAGGUAUGCCGAAAACUAUACAACCAACGCUUUUGCCAAAUCUGUCACAGCCCAGAUUUCAGCACCGAAGAAUGUCCCUGGCCGCAUGUAGCAGACGAGAAAUUUGAUGUUCCAGAACACCAGAGGUGUAAAGGUUGUAAACGCCCCAAAAACUUGCCUGACGUCUGUUGCGUUGAAUGCCGAAGAAGAGAAGUAGAGCGCAGGACUGCGAAGAGAGACCUAGAGAUGCUCGAAGCCACCAACCAAGCGAGCAACAUGCAAGUGACCUUCAAACCGCCACCUGCAAGAACUACCAACACAAUCGCGAAGCCGAUUUCUUCGACAAAAUCGAUGAAAAUUCCGACCAAGUUGUCACCUCGCGCGGAUCUUGUUUUACAAGCAGCAAUGCAAGCCGAGAGACCAUUACGCGAACCGACCAUCGAAAUUAAUAACGAUGUUCUCAAGCCGAAACCUCCCACAACGCGAAAACUCUCUGCUACGCUUCCACCUACAGAGAUUGCAGCCAUGAAGGAAGUUCGAGAUCCCAACAAAGUUCUUUGA